AUGAGCAAAAAGUUCAAGUCGCAAGCCUCAAGCAGUCGCGCAGCAGCCGGCGCUUUUGGCGGGUUUGGGGGGUUCGCAAAUGCAUUUGAUAGUGCUGGCCGUGAGCCUUCGGCGCUGACAUACAUCACUGAGCCGCCAGAUCUUUCUCGGAUCUCGGAUCAGCGUGUCGUCAUCGCAUACAAAAACUUACUCAAGAAAGAUGAGACAACUCGAACGAAGGCUUUGGAAGAGCUGAAAGAAUUUGUCUCGUCGACGGAGGCAAAAAAUGGCACGGUUGAUGAAGGCUUCUUGGAAGCAUGGGUGAAAGUUUAUCCGCGAGCUUCCAUUGAUCUAUCAAGAAGAGUGAGGCAGUUGGCCCACACGAUCAUGGGGUCUGUUGCAAGUCUUGUUGGAAGGCGAAUCGCCCCAUUCCUCCCCAAGCUUGUUGGAGCUUGGCUUGCUGGACUGUACGAUAGUGACCGGCCAGUCCAUCGCUCGGCGCUUGACUCCUUGACAGUGGUAUUUUCGACGGAAGCAAAGAGAAGCAACCUUUGGAAAUUCUACCAAGGCUCUCUAUUGGAUUUCAUCGAUGACGUUCUUCUACAACAGACGGCGUUGACUUUGAGUGACGAACGAACAGUUAAGCCCGACGACGCUCAGGCUAAGCAUGCGCGAGUUGUCGGAGCUGGUUUGUCCCUAUUCAAUCGAAUCCUAGCGAAUUCGUCUGACGACGAUCUUCAAAAGAACGCGACGGAGAUUGAGGCACUGCUCGGGAACAAGUCUCUUUGGGCAUUCUGCGCCCAUGAAGAUCCUUUCGUUCGUCGGUCCACAUAUGUUCUACUGAGAUCAGCUGUGUCUCGCGAGCCAGCGUGGAUCAAUUGGCAAAUUUUGAGCUCUUCUGUGAUCGGGAAGUCGCUCUCAAUCCCGCAGCUAGGAUCUGCGUCUGAGCUUUCUGAAUCCCUCUUACUGUUGACAUCUUCACGGCCCCAAAUCUGGACUGACGACUAUACGGGCAAAACUUCCCCGUCGAAAAGGCUGCGCCAAUAUAUGCAAAAGGGGUCUCAAGCAGGCCACGCAAGCUUUUGGUCGAAUCUCGAUCAGAUGAUCCGGAUCAUACCUCACAGUGUACUUGCAGGAGCUGAUAAAACGUCAACGGACCAAGUGAUCACAAUUGCAAGCGCUUCCGCCUUGGCCGAGGCUCUUCGAGACGGUCUCAACUCUCGGGAGGAGCCAAGACAGAACCUUCACCUGGGCUGGAAAACUUAUGUGAGAAUUUGUAGCUGGCUUUCGACCCUCGUGCCUCCAAAUGAGCGAUCUGAAUUUGUUGAGAAGCAACUGUUCCCCCUGGUGUCAAAUUACGCACACCCAGACCAAGAACAGACAAGAUGGCACCUUCCGCCUCAGCUCGGGAAGGAGGUUUGUGUGGAUUGUAUCAUCGCUAUCAUUUCAAAUGGACCUGAUGAAGCAUUUGAAAGUCUCUGGACGAGAAUUUCGAGUGAGCUGCUUGAGGCCGUGAAGUUGUCAUCCCCAGAACAAUCCAAAGAUUUCCACGCGUCUCAGGAUUCAAUCUGUUCACGAGCCACGCGGCAACUAUCUCUCGUACCUGCAGUUCUUUCGAGACUCCCAGAUUCCGAACGUGAAGUCAAGGCACAAGAAGUGUUCGACAGCGUCAGUCUUCCUCUUCUUGAGGGCAGCUUGCAGGCUCUUCGUGCUCGUAAUGGCAAGCCAUAUGGAGCCGCUGGUGUGAUCGAGGAAUGUGUCAGGAAUCAGAAAACCAUGGUGAAAGGCUCGGCUGAAUUUUUCAAAUUUGUACAAGAUGAUGCGCCUGAGCUUCUAUUUUCACCAUCAGGCGCCCGACUCAUUGCUAUCAUCCUGGCUUGCAAGAAAUGGGAUGGAUUUUCGUCAAGCUUUGAAAGCGUUGUUGAAAAGGCGAUGAAUCUUGAGCCCGAACAGUCAAACGCUCAAGUUCUUCAGAGUCUGCUAUCAAAUCUCGAUUUUGGUGAGAUCGGGGACGCUGCAAAACUUUCAUCGCUAAUGAUGAGUGCUCUGAGUAAAUCUUUGAACGGAAGCGAUUUGCACUGGUCUUUCAUUAUUGCCGCACUUGAAAACAAGACAUCGGACGGCCAGCUGCGAGACCAGAUCAUUCUUACAAUCGUGGAUGCCCUUUCGCAAGAAUACAAGGUUUUGAAUGGGCUGCAGGGCCUUUCUCGCCUUGGACAGGCUGUUCCAUCCGCAAUUCGCGAGUUCCAGGCUGGUGAUAAUGGCUCAAAGCUUUCCGCGAAAUUGCUUUAUCUGGCAGAGUCUCCGUCAGAAGAAGUCGCAAGCCUAGCCGAGUCACUCAUGCAGACUUUCAGGGAUACCGCCGUUGGCGAGACAACUGCAAAGUCAAAGAUCGAAAUCCUGCAGAACGAGUUUACCCAUGUCAACAAAGAAUCCUUGUCGGUCGAAUCUCUACUCCUAAUUGGCGAGGAGCUGAUACGCGGCCUUGCAUCGGAAACGGCCGAGUAUUCGGUCAACGACAUUUUCCCAACCUCGACCGCAUGGGAAGAGGCCAUGAGUCCUUUCCUCCAACUCCCACCACGUCCCUCAACAGCGCUUACUAGCCCGCUAGGGGGUGCCGUUCAUCUUGUCAAUUACGAUAUUUCGGAUUCUCUCAAAAAUCUGUGGCUCUCUAUCCCCCGAGAUCUGAGCCAAUGCUCGGCUGCGUUCCGCCUGGCCAGUUUCUCGAUUCAAGCCUUGUCUUCUUUCGAAGUCUUGCAGCACUUUUCCGAAAGUGAACUGGAAGCACUCGUUUACUAUCUUCCGUUGGCUAUCCAAUUAAUCGACGACGACCUGAGCAUAGAGCAUUCCAAUGGCAUUCUGGGACUCAAAUCUGCUGAUCAACGUCAAGAUUAUGUUGACGUCGUGAUCAAAGGACGACAGCUAAUCAGCAAAUGGAUGAACGCCAACGAACCAUUACUUACUCCUUCUACGACAAUGUCAUCAUUCCUUGCCUCAUUCUGGGAGGCCAAGCUGGAUAGCCUUAGCGGAAAUUCCCCUCUGGAAUAUCGGAUUGGAGAAGCUUUCACAAAGAUCAUGGCGUCUGCGGAAGGCUUAGAGAAUCAUAAAUCAGCAGAACAGGUCUCCAACAUUUCUCGGGAAGCAAGGACGGCUAACGGGAUUCGGUCUUCAUCGUGGUUUGCUGUCUUACGAUACCAGAUUCUUAAGAGCAGUGCCGGGGGUAGGAUCUGCAAUGAGUUGGUCGCUGACUCUACUGGACUCAAGCCCAAUGAUUCCUCCUUUGAUGGACUACGGAAGCUCGUGCUACUCAACAUCCUCAUUUCGGAGAACAUUGAAUUUGUGCUUACAAUCCCCACCCAACGACUCGUCUUUCUUGCGAAGCACCUCAUCGAGUGUCUGCAGACACCGACUAUAAGUCUUGGAUUGAGAGCUGAGGUUCUCCGGACCCUGUCGCUGAUCCUUCCAGCCCUUACUGAGCUCUACGGCUCCCAUUGGGAGGAUAGUAUGGACAUUAUCAGCACAGUCUUCAAAGAGGCCCAUGGAGGAGAGGAGGGGCUACCCCUGUUGUUCUCAGCCUUUAAAGUCUUCGCAUAUCUCAAGUCUCUGGCAGACAGAGAAGCCAAUGACGAUGUCAAAGACGCGUGGAUAGAGCGAAAGACCGGACUAUUCAACGACUUGGCCUCUACCAUCAGCAAAUUUGAUUCUGAAACCACCUUCCAUCAACCACGCGACGUCGCUGUCGAUUUCUUGAAGCGGCUUAUCGAUUCCAUUCCUGUUGAAAAGCUCGAGGACAUCAGCGGAGUCUUCGGCCUAUUGACAGCACACAGUCAGUCUGUGCAGCGUACUGCCUAUACCAUUCUCCACAGGUUCAUUCCUCAAGCUCAGGAGCAGGUCUCGUUUGACGUGGCUUUGUCGAAGACCUCCGUCAGCCUUCCAGAUGAGCUAAUCUCGUUGUUGCUGGAGGCUCCAACCGCGCAGACGGUUUCUGAUGCCUUCGAGAAUGAAAAAUCUUGGAUCACUAUCAGGGCCUACCUUCUGAGCUGGAAACUAGUGUUUGAUCACUUCACCAACGCAUCGCUCCCCGUCCAAGAGUACUAUACUGCCAACAUCAGUGAGAACGAAGUUCUGAUCCCGCUGCUGGAGUUCACAUUCGAUUUUCUCCAGAGAUCUCACGGGAGAAUUGUCGAUGCGUCGAAAUUUGACAUUUCAAACUUCGAGCUGGAUCAGUCUGAGGAUCCUGAACGGGAAACACAGUGGCUGCUGAUCCAUCUCUAUUACUUGUGCUUACGUCAUUUGGCGAAUAUGACGAAAAAUUGGUGGAUUGACACCAAGAAACGAACCAAGGGCCCCGUGGAGGCAUGGACAGAGAAAUACAUUUCGCCCCUGGUGUCGGCAGAUUCCCUUCAAGGGGCCAUGGACUGGGUGUCAACUCAAGAUGCCAACGAAGAGCGAGCAUUGAGCGUCAAGGUUUCCCCCAAGACAGCGGAGAUCAUCGCUAGUAUACCCGUGGAUGAAGAGUCUCCCCCCGUCUCUAUUGCAAUUUCCUUGCCGCCAGCGUACCCAUUGCAUCCAGCUCAAGUGAUCGGUCGUAGUCGGGUGCUUGUGGACGAGAAGAAAUGGAAGAGCUGGCUUCUCACGAUCCAAGGAGUCAUCAUGUUUGCCAACGGAAACUUGGUUGAUGGUCUCCUCGCUUUCCGUCGGAACGUACAGGGUGCACUCAAGGGUCAAAGCGAGUGUGCCAUCUGUUACUCUGUCAUCUCGACCGAUAUGCAGACCCCGAACAAGCGUUGUGCCACCUGCAAGAACACAUUCCACUCCGUGUGUUUGUUCCGCUGGUUCAAGAGCAGCAACCAGAGCACCUGCCCCCUCUGUCGCAACAAUUUCGUGUAUGUUUAA